UAAACUCUUAAUGAAUUGUAGAUUUUCUUUUCCUCUUCAUUCUUUCACAAGCACCUCGCCUGUGUCAAGAAUCCCAAUGGCUAUCCAUAACUUGUCUGCUUCGCUUCCCACUUUGACUUCAGAUUAUAGAUUGCAACCAUUUUCAGCUCCCAUCUCAGUUUCAACGUUAAAAGGUCGAAAUUCUCAGUGUCGAGUCAAAUGCAUAUCCAUUGUCAAAAAAUCCGAAGAAAAUGUUGCUCGGCGAUAUGCUAACUACCAGUCCACCAUUUGGCACUUCGAGUACAUCCAGUCACUGCAAAGUAAUUAUCUGGGAGAGAGAUAUGCAAGACAAGUCGAUACGCUGAAAGACAAGGUAAGAGUAAUGCUUGAUCAGGAGACAGAUAAACUAAGUCAACUUGAACUGAUUGAUAUGCUGCAAAGGCUUGGAUUAUCUUACCACUUUGAGGAGGAAAUAAAGAGCAUAUUGAAGGGCUUACGUGGUAAUAAUAUUUCUCACACAUGGAAGAGCAGAGAUUUGUACGCCACGGCACUUGAAUUUAGACUUCUAAGGCAACAUGGGUAUUUUGUACCUCAAGAGGCUUUUAAUGUUUUCAAGGACGAGACAGGGAAUUUCAAGAAGAACAUGUCCGAGGAUACCUUGGGAAUGCUUUCAUUAUAUGAAGCUUCAUAUUAUUUAACAAAGGGUGAAAACAUUUUAGAGGAAGCAAGGGAUUUCACAAUCAAAAAUCUCAAAAAAUACAUAGAAGAAAACAAAGACGAAAAUGAAGUUUGUAUAUUAGUGAGGCAUGCCUUGGAGCUUCCAAUCCAUUGGAGGGUUCCACGACUAGAGAGCAGGAGGUUCAUUGAUGUAUAUGAAAGGAGAAAAGAUAUGAACCCUAUUUUGCUUGAGCUUGCCAAAUUAGAUUUCAACGUGGUCCAAUCGACUCACCAGCAAGAUUUGAAACAUGUGUCCGGGUGGUGGAGUAGAAGUCGACUUGGAAAAAAGUUGAGUUUUGCGAGGGACAGGUUGAUGGAGUGUUUCCUAUGGACAGUGGGAAUGGCAUAUGAGCCUCAAUUUGGAUAUUUUAGAAGAAUGACCACCAAGUCUGCUUCACUAAUCACAGUAAUUGAUGAUGUAUAUGAUGUUUAUGGUACUUUAGAAGAACUGGAGCUCUUUACUGAUGCUGUUGAGAGUUGGAAUAUGGAUGCAAUGGACCAGUUGCCAGAUUAUAUGAAGAUAUGUUUUCUUGCCCUUCACAAUUCAGUAAAUGAAAUGGCCUUUGAUGCGCUCAAAGAACAAGGACUUCACAUCAUUAAAUACCUCAAAAAAAGGUGGGCAGAUCUCUGUAAGUGUUAUUUACAAGAGGCAAAGUGGUAUCAUAUUGGGUAUACUCCAACCUUUGAAGAGUACAUGGAGAAUGCAUGGAUUUCAAUAGGAGGUCCUGUUUUGCUGGCCAAUGCCCAUUUGUUUGUUUCAAAUCCCAUUGCACAGGAGGCUUUGCAGUUCUUGGAAGACCACCCCUACAUACUUCGUUGGCCGUCAAUGAUUUUACGACUUGCUGAUGAUUUGGGAACAUCAUCGGAUGAAUUAGAAAGAGGUGAUGUUCCAAAAUCAAUCCAGUGUUAUAUGCACGAAACCGGCACCUCCGAAGAUGAUGCUCGGAAGUACAUCAAAUUUUUUAUGGAUGAAACAUGGAAGAAGAUGAACGAAGAGUUUGGAAAUGAAAAUUGUCCCUUAUCGGGCACUUUUUUCAGAGUGGCAAUGAAUCUUGGUAGAAUGGCCCAAUGCAUGUACCAACAUGGAGAUGGACAUGGUGUGCCAGAUGGAGAAACAAAAGACCGUGUUUUGUUAUUGCUUGUGAAGCCCAUUCCCAUCUAGCAAAACAUAAAAGAGCAGACAUGAAGUGCCUUAUUAUUCUCUUUAAAACCAAAGCUCGGAGGAUUAUGAUUAUUAAUACUAGUAUUGAUCCGUGUGAUACAUGAUAUGUAUAACUAUAAUAGAUAAUUUUGAAAAUCAA